CUGAGGAACAUGACAGAAGCAGAUCAAGGUGUCUCAUAGGUCGUUCCCAACAUGCCUCCUCCUCCUCCUCCUCCUCCUCGUGCACAUUACCUGCAGCUGCUUCGCGCGGCUGUAUAGAGCGUGCGCACUCACUGCGCCAUGGCAUCAGCACCGUCUCUCACCUCCAACACGCGCUGUCUCCAGAUGGAUUACGAGACGAAGAUCUUCCCGCACACCGGCGGCUACGGACGCUACAACCGCCUGGUGGUCCUCUUCAGCUGGUUCCCUAACUUCGCGGUCAUGUUGAAUCUGUUCAGCGACGUGUUGUACACUCUCAUCCCGGAGACGUACCACUGUAAACCGGACCCGCGGCUCCUGCCCUCCGCCUUCCUGCCCAGCAACCUCUCCAGACAGGAUUACCUCCACCUCUCCAUCCCCUGGGUGAACGGCAGCGGACUCAGCCACUGUGAGCUCUUCAAGUACCCACCCAACUCCUCCGACUUCUCCGACAAGGUGUCCAGGAAGAGGGUGUCCUGCACCCUAGGGUGGGAGUACAACCAUGCAGCCGGGCUCCACAGCAACUACGUCACGGAGUGGAACCUGGUUUGCAGUAACUACUGGAAAAUCCCUUUGCAGCAUAUCUGCUUCAUGAGCGGAUGGAUUCUGGGAUACAUCCUCCUUGGUACAUUGUGUGACUGGCUGGGUCGUCGACGAUGUUUCCUCCUCUCCAUCAGUCUGUCCAGUUUGCUUGGGGUGGCUGUGUGUUUGUCCAACAGUCCCGUGGUGUUUCUGUUGCUGCGUCUCUCUCAGGGUGCCAUGCUCGCUGGGGCGUUCCUAUCCUCGUACAUUGCCAGGUUGGAGCUCUGUGACCCUCCACAUCGUCUCAUGGUCGCCAUGAUCAGCGGCUUCUUCGCCUUGUUUGCAGAGCUGCUGUUGCCGGGCAUCGCCGUCCUGUGCCGCGAUUGGCCCAUUCUCCAGGCUGUGGCCACUUUGCCCCUGAUCCUGCUGCUUUCCUAUUGGUGCUGUGCGUCAGUGUUUCCUGAGUCUCCUCGCUGGCUGCUGGCCACAGGUCAGAUCCCCCGAGUGAAGAGGAGCCUCCAGGAAUUCUCCACCAGGAACGGUGUUUGUUUGCGAGAUGAAAUCUACCCCGGUGAAACCCUUCUGUCAGAGAUAGAUUCAGCAUACGGAGAGGACUGUCGGCCAAAGUACUUUUCAGUUCUGGAGCUGCGUCGGACUCGUGUUAUCUGGAAGAACUGCCUCAUCCUCAGUUUCACGCUGUUCAUUGGAACAGGCAUCCAGUACUGUUUCACCAGAAACCUGCACGGUUAUUCCUCCAACUUCUACUUCAGCUACUUUCUCAGAGUGAUAACCGGAGCUCUAGCCUGCAUCUUCGUCUGCUUGACUGUCAAUCACUUUGGUCGGCGUGGUAUGCUUCUGCUCUCUGCCAUCAUCACUGGACUGUCAUCGCUGCUGCUGCUGGCCCUCACUCAGUAUCUGCAUGGAGGCCUGGUGUUGGUGCUCUCUGUCUUGGGUCUGCUGUUCUCUCAGGCUCUAGCCAUGCUCAGUGCAUUCUUUGCCUGUGAGGUGAUGCCGACAGUGGUUCGAGGUGGUUGCCUCGGCCUGGUGCUGGCAGCGGGUUGUGUUGGCAUGGCCGCCUCCUCCCUGAUGGAGCUUCAGAAUAACAGCGGCUACUUUCUCCACCACGUCAUCUUCGCCUCCUUCGCCGUCCUCUCUGUACUCUGCAUAAUGCUCCUACCUGAAAGCAAACGCAAGCCGCUCCCAGACUCCCUGAAGGACGGCGAGAACCAGCGCCGGCCUCCUCUCUUCCUGUCCCGGCCCGACAGGGACAACCUGCCGUUACUGUGCCACCGGCAGCCUUUGUUGGAUUACAACCCUGAUAAUUAUUCCCGCUUGGUGUCUGCCACCAGGAGGAUGUUGACUAAAGAUAGUUUGCCUUAUAGGAUCGCUGUGACAACUGAUUCCCCUCUGCUGUCAGACAGUGAAACACAGGAACAAGAGAAUGAGACGGAGAGAGAGGUCAUUCCUUAACUCUGUUAACAGACCCUCCUCAUCCUCCUUUGUACAGACUUGGAUUAUCCUUCCUUCUUCUAGAAAUACCUCCACCGACAGUCUACCAUCGUCCUUCAUUUAACUAUUGUCCAAGUCACUGGUUGGAUUAACUCACCUGAAGAACUGACCUGGCUUUGAAUGCAGUGCACUUUAGAGCGAUGGCUCCAAGUCUGUCAAUUUUCAGUCUCUUGUUGUUGCAUUUUACUCUUGAAGCCGUUAUCGUGUUAUGGCAUUUUCUCACGUGGAUUCAGGUAAUGCACUGAAAAACUGUGGCCUUCUUUAGCUCCAGUUUUUUGUUGUUCAAACCUUUUGUGAGGGCUUGGAAUGUCCCAUUGCAUGUUAUGCCGGUUCUUGUGUGGUAAAUUCCCUUGAAAAUGCUCACACUCUGGCCAAUGCAGUUGAGGUCACGCUGCUCGUCUGUGUAGAGGCAUUCAAUCCGAACAGUCAGACACUAGUUUUACCGGAGAAGCUCGCUCAAUCGUGCAGCUGCUGUUGAUCAUGUGAGAAGCAGUCCUUUGUCCAUUUAAUAGUAACUCGUGCACUUUUCAUUAAGUCCGUCCGUCUGAUUCACCAGCAGGGCCUCAGUGCUGAGAGGAUCCCGAGGACACACAAGACUAGUUCACAUUGUCUUUGUGGAGUCUUGUUAUACUUGUGAAGCACACAAGAGGGCACUAAAAUGAUGCAAUAUGAAUAUGAAUAUGGUGGCUGAGUCAAACGAUAUUCCUCUGGCUUUUUAUGCUUCCGCGGUGGUGACAGUUGUGGCUGGAGGCAUUAUGUUUUCGGGUUGUCCGUCUGUCUGGUCUAUUCUCGUGAACGCGACAUCUCAGGAACGCCUGGAUGGAAUUUCUUCAAAUUCGGCACAAAUGUCCACUUGGACGUAAGGAUGAACAGACACUGUUACCUCACAGAACAUCUUUUUGGCCGUAACUCAGGAAUUAUGACAAUUUCACACACGUCUAAUAGGAUAAAAUGAUGUAGUAAUGACAUUUUGGACAGACAUUGAUGUAAACUGCAACUUGACUGGUUGGCGGAGGCAUACAACCGCAAGGCGGUAAUUAUAGGUUAAUGCUUCCUUGUGCCUCUACCAAACCUUGUUAACCCAAAUAUUUCACUUAGAAGUAUUUGCCGGAAUUUAACGAUGUGAUCUGUGUGGGGAAAAUAGCACCAGAUACUAACCAGAUGACAGUGAACUCUGUCUGUGGCUGACUACUUCAUAAACCACUUUGUUACAAACUAUUAUUUAAAGGUGCUAUUUUUACAUUACGUUUCUCUUGAAACACUGAAAGUAGCUGAUGAAUUUGCAAAUGUACUUACCACUGUAGCUGGCAGACCAAAAGUGAAUCCCCUCUGUCUUGUAAUGUGUCUUGUAAUGAUUAUGAAUGGUGUCCUUUUGUGUUAUAUUAGUAAAAGAAAUGAGAUAAGUGUGGUUUCAAUGCUUCAGAAUUCAACAUGACCAACCUUAAAAGGUAUAGUUCAGGUGUUUGAUUGUUGUAUGAGGUACUUAUCCAUAGUCAGGCCGGCAACGAAACGUAUUUUAGCCACCUGAAAGAAAGGCUCACCUAAAUAAAAACCUCACAGGACAUGGAGGUGCUGGUCUACCGCAGCCUCGAUUGAUUAGUUUG